AUGACGUCACUAACGCCGACACGACAGACGCCGCGUGUGCGGUCACUUUUCUUACUGAUCGUCCGGGUCGUGUUGACCCAGCUCUUCUGCAUCCUGGGCGUGAUCACCAACCUCCUCAGCGUUGUCACGUUCGUGAUCCAAGGCGUGCGUGACACCGUGAACAUCUCCCUCCUGGGGUUGGCCAUCUCAGACCUACUGUCGCUGGUCACGUUGUUCUGGCUUGACCUGUGCCAGACGCCGAGUUUCUCCUCCCAGCCGUUGUCGUUCGUUCCGCUGGAGGUCAGUUACCUAACCGGAGGCUGGCCGCACGUCUUCUUCACCAGAACCACCACAUGGAUCACCGUUUACAUCACCAUCGAGAGGUGCGUCUGUAUCGCCGCGCCGAUGAAGGUUAAAGACAUAUUCACCCCCAAACGAACGCGAGUCUACAUCCUACUCGUAUACCUAAUCAUGCUUGGCAGUGUGGCGCCUAUCUACUACACGGCGCGCUUUUCAGAAAACUUCAACCCCGCAAGGAACAUAACUCUGCUGGGAAUUACUUUCAUCCAAGACAGAAACGACAUAGAGACGGUCUCGUUUCACAUUAACAACAUCCUGCCUUUAACCGCUUUUAUUUUAAUUCUCACCGGAACUGUAAUCUUGGUCAUGGAGUUAAAACGCGUUUCAAAAUGGCGGGCUGCGCACUUCCUCUUCCUCUAA